GAAGAUCGAUCAUGUCCAGAGUUUAAAUCCUAGAGAGAAGAAGAACAAACAAACAAACAAUGGCUUCAUCAUCACCAACAGCAAAUGCCUUCUCUUCUUCACACCUAUUCUCUUCCUCUCGAUCAAGAUCCCCUGUUUCUCCUCUCCGCCUCUGUUUCUUGGAACCCAGAACUUUCAUCUCCGGCAACUCCCGCCGGAGUACUUCAGGCACCGCCCGUUUCCAAUGCAUGGCUGCAGGUACACCGACUGAGACCCCGCUGGUGACAAAGAAAAGCAGCAAAUUUGAUAUUCAAACUCUAACUGGUUGGCUUUUGAAGCAAGAACAAUCUGGAGUUAUCGAUGCAGAGCUCACUAUCGUCCUCUCCAGCAUUUCACUCGCCUGCAAGCAAAUUGGUUCAUUGGUCAGAAGAGCAAACAUCACCAAUCUCACUGGAGUUCAGGGCGCUGUUAAUGUCCAGGGAGAAGACCAGAAAAAGCUAGAUGUCAUCUCUAAUGAGGUGUUCUCUAGUUGUUUAAGGUCUAGUGGAAGGACAGGAAUCAUAGCAUCCGAGGAAGAGGAUGUGCCAGUGGCAGUUGAAGAGAGUUACUCAGGUAACUACGUUGUUGUCUUUGAUCCUCUUGAUGGAUCAUCCAACAUUGACGCAGCUGUUUCCACCGGUUCCAUAUUCGGAAUCUAUAGUCCUAAUGACGAAUGUUUACCCGACAUCAAUGAAGAUGAUGCCACGCUUGACAGUAUAAAAGAAAGAUGUAUAGUAAAUGUAUGUCAGCCGGGGACAAACCUUCUAGCAGCCGGUUAUUGCAUGUAUUCGAGCUCCAUAAUCUUCGUGUUGUCGAUUGGAAAUGGCGUGUUUGCAUUCACACUCGAUCCAAUGUACGGAGAAUUCGUGUUAACUCAAGAGAACAUACAGAUUCCAAAAGCCGGAAAAAUAUACUCAUUCAAUGAAGGCAACUACCAAUUAUGGGAUGAAAAGUUGCAAAAUUAUAUAAAUGACUUAAAAGACCCUGGUUCAUCAGGGAAGCCUUACUCUUCUAGAUAUAUUGGAAGUUUGGUUGGUGAUUUUCAUAGGACAUUGCUUUAUGGGGGUAUUUAUGGGUAUCCUAGGGAUAAGAAGAGCAAAAAUGGUAAACUUAGGUUAUUGUAUGAAUGUGCUCCAAUGAGUUAUAUAGUUGAACAAGCUGGUGGUAAAGGAUCUGAUGGUCAUCGAAGGGUUCUUGAUAUUCAACCAACCGAGAUUCAUCAGCGAGUGCCACUCUAUAUUGGAAGCACCGAGGAAGUGGAGAAAUUGGAGAAGUUCUUAGCAUAGGAAAAUUUUCAAAGUAUAGUAAUGCAAGGAAAUUGAUUUAUGUAAUAUUGUUUCUCAAGGAAUACAAUGAGUUUUGACUUUUAAUGCAAGUUGAUGUCUUAAUUAUAUGAAUUAAUUUAAAUAGUU